AAUGGGAAACUGCUCUAACAAAGGAGCAAUCGAAAGAAGUAAUGGUGAUUUCAUCCGAAUCAUGACGGAUUCCGGUGGGAUAAUGGAGUUGGAAGGACCCCUUCAGGUCCGAAACAUCAUUGAAGAUUUUCCUGGAUAUGGUGUUUUCCGGCGGGAUCAGGUGUCUUCGCGGUUGUUCCACCAUGAUAAGCUUCUCAAUGGUCAUUCAUACUAUCUUCUUCCAUUGAAGAAGGAUGAUCAGAAGAUGGAUAUGGGCAUGGACAUAGACAUGAAGUUGGUCAGUGAAGGCAAAUCGGGGAGAAAUUCAUCGGUAGGAACCACCACCACCACCACAACCAGGCCAGCCCUUGAAGUCUUGCCAUCGCCGGGGAAAGGUGUUUGGAGAGUGAAAUUGGUGAUUGACACUAAGGAACUUGGGGAGAUAUUGUCUGAGCAGGUGAACACAGAGGCUUUGAUUGAGAAGAUGAGGAGUGCUGCUAGCUCGGCUAAUGCCACUCCAAAGCGACGCAAAGGGGGUCCUUGGGGUCUGGCUCGGAGACCCAACCUUUCUAAUGUGUGUAAGUUAGCCAUGGAAGAUCACAAGUAG